AUGCUUAAUGACAAUGUAAUAGUUGAUUCAACAGAAUUAGGAAACAAUUCAUCGGAAAGUCAUUAUAAAAGUCUGUUCAUUGAGUUAUCGGCCAUCGGUUCCGGAGGUUUUGGAACUGUAUUUAAAGUGAAGCAUAAAAUCGAUGAUCAGAUAUAUGCCGUCAAAAAAGUCACUUUUAAAGUUAGCUCAGAAUAUGUGGUUCAGUAUUACAACUCAUGGCCCGAAACCGAAUACCUCUACAUUCAGAUGGAGUUCUGUUCACAGAAUUUAAGGAAUAUUCUCGAAAAGAAAGCAAAAGUAUUUUCGAGAGAAUUAGGAGACCCUAUGGAUUGUGUCGACUUAGAACUCCAUCUGAAUGUAGAGAAUUCCAUUUAUAUAUUAAUCGCUGAAAACGUGAGAAAUGGUAGAUUUGUUAAGUUAUGUGACUUUGGUUUGGCUGUCGAGCACCAGAAGGCAUCCCAGAGUCACACCACAAAUGUGGGAACAAUUAAAUAUAUGGCCCCAGAAUUGGAUCAAUCAAAAUAUACCACAAAAUCAGAUAUUUAUUGUUUAGGAAUCCUUUCAAUGGAAUUGUUUGAUAUAUUCUUAGAGAAUACUCAUACGGCUGCCAUCACCUACCGGUGCGAGUGUGACGUGUCAUACAUUAAUAAUUUGAGACUUAGUAUCCAAAUAAGGGUUACCCAUAAGGGUCGGGCACCUCGUAAGGUCCGGUGCCAAUGGUUAGACUGUGACUUUCAGACCCCCCAUUCCUCACGUUUGGAUAAUCACGCGAAUAAAGUGCAUCAGAAUUGA